CGGCAAAGAGCGGCUGCCCCAGUAGGAAGCGGGUGGGUGAUGCAAAGUGCCAUGUUCCUGGCUGUUCAGCACGACUGCGGACCCAUGGACAAGAGCGCAGGCAGCGGCCCCAAGGGCGAGGAGAAGCGAGAAAAGAUGAAACGGACCCUUUUAAAAGAUUGGAAGACCCGUUUGAGCUACUUCUUGCAAAAUUCCUCCACUCCUGGGAAGCCCCAAACCGGCAAGAAAAGCAAACAGCAAACUUUCAUCAAACCAUCUCCUGAGGAAGCACAGCUGUGGUCAGAAGCAUUUGAUGAGCUGCUAGCCAGUAAAUAUGGUCUUGCUGCAUUCAGGGCUUUUUUAAAGUCUGAAUUCUGUGAGGAAAAUAUUGAAUUCUGGCUGGCCUGUGAAGACUUCAAAAAAACCAAAUCACCCCAAAAGCUGUCCUCAAAAGCAAGGAAAAUAUAUACUGACUUUAUAGAAAAGGAAGCACCAAAAGAGAUAAACAUAGACUUUCAAACCAAAACUCUGAUUGCCCAAAAUAUACAAGAGGCUACAAGUGGCUGCUUUACAACUGCCCAGAAAAGAGUGUACAGCUUGAUGGAAAACAACUCCUAUCCCCGUUUCUUGGAGUCAGAAUUCUACCAGGACUUGUGUAAAAAGCCACAGAUCACCACAGAGCCCCAUGCUAGUUGAGAUGAAAAAGGAUUCCUCCAAACCAGACAUUUCGUCCUUUUUCCUAUGAAAAAGAAAGGCUGGGACCUGACAGGAAGACUGACCUUGAAUUCAGCCUGGGUAUUUAGGAAGCAUCACUCAGAACUAUUGACUUGAAGUUGGGUAGUGAAUCAGGAAGCCAGUAACUGUCGAGGAGAGGCUUGUAUCAGAACAGCUUCCCUCACUGUGUAUAGAACACAAGAAGGGAGUACAUGGCCCAGAUGUGAUGUCUCCGGUGAAAAUACAGCCAUGGGAGAUGAUGAAAAACAGUGUAAUAGUGUUGGUCCGAAAGCACUUAAAAUCAGUAGAUCUGGGAUUGUGGCCUUCGCUAGCUGGUUGGACAUCUUUCCCUAAGUCCAUCAAUGUUACCACAUAGUGGUUUUAGUUUUAGUUUUUUCUUAGUGCUCAUUAACAUUACAGUGCUUACUGUGUACAAGGAUAUUGAAGUUCUUAUGACCACAGGUUGUCAGUACUGUUGUCUCAUGUAAUGUUGAAACUGAAAUGGUCUGUGUUUGCAUUGUUCAAUGGUGUAUGAAAUAGUACGAAUGCUGUUGUGUAGAAAACUACAAUGUCCGUCAUGAGUGCCAAAAUCUGUCUUGAAGGCAGCUACACUUUGAAGUGGUCUUCAAAUACUUUUAAUAAAUUUAUUUUGAUAAAUAAUGUCAUUGAACA